CCCAUCCUAUUGGCUUACUAUUUUGAGACACUAACCAAUUAGCAGCGGCGUACUAUUUUAGCGCGCUUAUUUCAAAAUGGCGGCGAUCAAAACAUGAAAAAGUGUUUUUCCUGCUUCAAAAGUCUGGUUUGUCGUAAUAAAUGAGCAAUAUUCUUGGCAUAUUGGAUUAAAAAUGMAAUAAGAAUGAGUUCUAGAGGAGGAGGAGGGAGAGGUAACUGGAGAGGACGUGGAAGAGGCUACAGAAGACGAGGCAAUAACAGUUCUUCUGGUAGUGGAACAUCAAGCCAAACAAACAACAGACCUCCACAGCCCAGACAACGACAACCACAACAGCAGCCGCCAUUGGUCCCUUGUCCUUACAAGAAAUGGAGUUUGUACUUUCCUGAAGAAGAAUAUGUACCAGGUUCUCCAUUMAUCCCAAAGAUAGAAGCUUUCAUGUCAUACUUUGAACAACACUCGGCUGAAUUUUCAAAGGAUGAUAUUGAAAGAAAAGGAUCUGUUACUUUGGAAUACCCAGACAUAAUUAGCGAUCCUGGUCUAGCAGCUAAUCUGCCGUCAUUUAUUACUGAACUUAAAGAAACACCAGAGAAAAUCCUACAAUGCAUUGGAAUAGCCAUGUAUCAGGUUUUGGCUGAGGCUGAAGACAACCCAGUCUCUACGGCUCCUAUGUUUGAUUUCCCAUAUAUCCAUGCAAGGAUUAUCAACUAUGACUCCAUCAUUCCUCUUAAGAAUCUUAAAGCAAAUUACUUUGGUAAAUUUGUGGCAAUCCGGGGUACAGUGGUGCGCGUUAGUAAUGUUAAACCCCUUGUCAUCAAGAUGGGCUUCUCCUGUAACCUAUGUUCUUUCCAGCAGAGCAUACCUUUACAAGAUGGAAAGUACAAAAUACCAACAACGUGUGCAUCAUCUGAGUGCCGUGGAAGAGCUUUUACACCUGAACGUAGUUCAUCUCUCACCACUACUAUGGACUGGCAGACUAUAAGGAUACAAGAAAUCAUGGAUGACAACCAACGAGAGGCAGGACGCAUACCUCGCACAGUAGAGUGCGAGCUGACGGCUGACCUAGUGGAUAGUUGCGUACCCGGGGAUGUUGUCACGGCAACAGGAAUCGUCAAGGUUACCAACUCUGAAGAAUGUCGUAACAAGUACAACAAAGACAAGUGUAUGUUCUUAUUGUACAUCCAUGCUAACUCAGUCAACAAUAACAAAGGAAAUGCAAAUAAUAAUGAUCCUAGUAGUGCUGUUUCUAUGGAGUUUACUCUCAAGGAGCUCUAUGCCAUUCAAGAGAUCCAGGCAGAGAGGAACUUAUUCAAACUCAUUGUAGGGUCCUUAUGCCCUUCAAUAUAUGGACAUGAGUUGGUAAAAGCAGGAUUGAUAAUGGGGUUAUUUGGAGGAACACAGCGGUUCCUCAAUGACAAGAAUCGCAUACCUGUCAGGGGAAACCCCCACAUUCUAGUGGUUGGUGACCCAGGAUUAGGGAAAAGCCAGAUGUUGCAAGCAGUUUCUAAUGUCGCGCCAAGGGGUGUGUAUGUCUGUGGUAAUACUACAUCCACCUCUGGAUUAACAGUUACAUUGACUAAAGAUGGUUCUUCUGGAGACUAUGCUCUAGAGGCAGGUGCUUUGGUGCUGGGGGACCAAGGGUGUUGUUGCAUUGAUGAGUUUGAUAAGAUGGGCAACCAGCAUCAGGCAUUACUUGAAGCCAUGGAACAGCAGAGCAUCAGUAUAGCCAAGGCUGGUAUAGUCUGCAGUCUACCUGCCCGUACCUCCAUUAUAGCAGCUGCUAACCCUGUUGGUGGUCACUACAACAAGGCAAAGACAGUCUCAGAGAACUUAAAGAUGGGUAGUGCUCUCUUAUCCAGAUUUGAUCUGGCUUUCAUUCUCUUGGACAAGCCCGAUGAGGAAAUGGAUUGCAUGUUGACGGAACAUGUCAUGGCGCUACAUACUGGAAAGAAAAGUGCCUUGGGAAAAGUCACAGCAAGACGACCUAGUGAGGGGACCAGUGAAGAUGAAGAUGAAGCAAGACAACAAUGGGAGGCAGAYAAACCAUUAUCUGAACGACUCAAGGUUAGCCCUGGUGAACAGUUUGAUCCAAUCCCACCACCGCUCCUGAGAAAGUACAUUGGUUACGCAAGGAAAUAUGUUCAUCCGAAGCUGACAUCAUCUGCUGCUAAGGUGUUACAGGGGUUUUAUCUUUCACUAAGGCGUCAGUACCAAGCAGGAGAUUCCACCCCUAUAACAACCAGACAGCUAGAGUCAUUGAUCAGAUUAACAGAGGCACGUGCUCGUCUCGAGCUUCGUGAGAAGGCCACAAGUCAAGAUGCUGAAGACGUGGUUGUGAUCAUGAAGUACAGUCUAAUGGAUACUUACAGUGAUGACUUUGGAAAUCUAGACUUUCAACGGUCACAGCAUGGUUCAGGCAUGAGCUCCAAAGCUGUGGGAAAGCGAUUCAUUGCAGAGCUGGGUCGCAUUGCUGACAGAGARUACAAUUCUAUUUUUACUAUCGACCAAAUGCGAGCAGUAGCCAAGGAUCUUCGCCUACAGAUUCCAAGUUUUGAGGACUUUAUUUACUCGCUCAAUAAUCAAGGCUUUUUGCUCAAGAAAGGAGCUCGUGUUUAUCAGCUACAAAUAGCAAGUUGUCUCUGAUUUCACCUUGAGUCAACACACAUAUGAAGCUACUUCUAUUAUGUUACAUAAUUCCUUUUAAGUAAGGCAUAGUUCUCUGUGAAACUUGCCACCUAACAAUUUAGUUUUACAUGUUUCAAAGUAAAUCUCACUUGUUUUGUCA